AUGGCCUCGACAAAGCCAGACACUGCUUCCCAAGUGCAGAGUAAGGCUAGCAAGCGAAGCGAAGCUGUAAGCCUGCCUCCAGAAAAGUACACAGUCGGCUGGAUCUGUGCAGUCCCCUCUGAGCUGAUAGCUGCGCGUGCAAUGCUCGAUGAUGAACAUGCGCAGCUGAAAACCCAGCCCAAACAUGAUGAAAACAGCUAUAUUUUGGGAUGUAUUGGAGGGCAUAACGUCACCAUUGCCUGCCUACCAGAAUAUGGUACCAACCGAGCAGCGAUUGCUGCUAAAUCAAUGCAAUCUACGUUUCCCAGUCUCCGAUUCGGUGUGUUGGUGGGUGUCGGAGGCGGUGUUCCCAGUUCAGAGAACGACAUUCGACUUGGUGACCUUGUUGUGUCUCUACCAUCUGCACAAGGGGGGGGCGUGAUACAAUACGACCUGGGCAGGAUGGAAAUUGACGGGUUUCGUCGUCUUGGAACUUUAAACAAGCCUCCAGUAUUGUUGAGGACUGCCAUAACUACCCUACGAGCAACACGCAAUCUGGGGCGAGAAAUAUCCAGGCUAGUCAAUGAAGCGUUCAAAGGUGAUCAACGUGAUCAACGUGAUCAAGAGUCAGACGAAGAGUCGGACGAAGAAUGGAGUUAUCCCAUGACGGCCAAGGACAUCUUGUUCAGUGCAAAUUACAAACACAUCGACAAGAACCGCACCUGUGAGGGGUGUGUUGUCGCCGCGAAGAAGGACGACAUUGUUGACCGGCCUCCACGGCGGAGCACAAAUCCUAAAAUCCAUUACGGCAACAUCGCUUCCGGCAAUGCAGUGAUGAAGGACGGUCUUGAACGUGAUCGUCUUGCAGAGAGGGAUAAUGUCAUUUGCUUCGAGAUGGAAGCUGCUGGUUUGAUGGAUGAUUUCCCAUGUCUGGUCAUCCGGGGCGUCUGUGACUAUGCGGACUCGCACAAGAAUAAGAAGUGGCAGCCUUAUGCAGCUGCUGUCGCUGCGGCAUUUGCUAAGAAACUUCUGCUUAUAGUCACUCCGCAAGCUGUCAUGGACAACUUGGAACCCAUAAAGGAGAAUGUGGCCGAAAUCCGAUCUAUAGCAGCAGCCACGAGGACUGUGGUGGAAAGCAUACAUCUUGACAGCCAAUUCAGAAAGAUCAAAGACUGGCUGUCCCCGCCGGAUCCAUCAACGAACUUCGUGAAAGCACUGAAAAUGCAUUAUGAAGGAACGGGUUUAUGGUUUCUUGAGAGUGAACUCUUUCAGCAGUGGAAGUCUGGAUCACGUCAGCACCUCUGGCUCUACGGAAUUCCAGGCUGUGGAAAGACUGUUCUCACCUCGACAAUCAUCGAUCACCUCCGCCAGAACCAAAGUUGUUCUUCAACUCUUGUCCUGGAUUUCUUCUUCGAUUUCAGUGAUACUCGUAAGCAGUCACUUGAUCAACUGGUUCGCUCACUAGUUGCGCAGCUUUACUCCAGGUGCAAAGAUUCGCGAGGGGAGCUCGACGCCUUGUUCACAAACUGUGAAGGAGGCGAUCAACAGCCAACAACUGACUCCCUCCGUGCAACACUGGAGGCAAUGGUGCAGCAUGUCCAGAAUGUUCAAAUUGUUAUAGAUGCCCUGGAUGAGUGUCAAACAAGAAAAGACUUGCUGUCUUGGAUGCGAGAGCUGGCGACUUCCGAUCACAGAAACAUUUAUCUCCUUGCCACAAGUCGGAGGGAAGACGAACUAGAAUCGGAGCUCAAAUCCUGGCUUUCCGAAGAAAGCUUCAUUCCCAUUCAACAAGGUCCUGUGGAUGCUGAUAUUGGGGCAUACAUACAUGGCACUCUUCGUGCUGAUAACGAAUUCCGAAGAUGGCGGUCGAAGCCUGCCGUGCUAGAAGAGAUCGAGACAGAACUGAGGAAGAAGGCGGACGGAAUGUUUAGGUGGGCUGCAUGCCAGCUCGACGUUUUAGAAAAGUGUCUGCAUCUUCGAGAGGUUCGCGAAGCGCUCGCUUCACUUCCUGAGACACUAGACGAAACAUAUGCUCGAAUCAUGACCAAUAUAAAGAAGGAACACAGAAAAGACGCGAUCAAAAUCUUGCAGUUUUUAACUUUCUCGGAACGACCCUUGACGGUUGGAGAAGCCGUAGAUGCAAUAGUGGUCGACCUUACCGCGGAUUGUCAGUUCAACCCCGAGGAAAGACUGCCUGUUCCUGGAGAGAUCGUUAGGAUUUGUUCCAGUCUGGUGUCUCUGACAACUAGAGAAAACGAUGACAAUAGGGAAGAGGCCGUGAUGCUGCUUCAAUUAGCCCAUUUCUCCGUCAAAGAAUAUCUCUCGUCCGGGCGCGUGGAAAAGGUAUUUCAAGCCAGCAUGACCGAAAUAAGUGCACGGGCAUGUAUUACAAGAGUCUGCCUGGCGUAUAUGUUCUACUUUGGAGGGAAAUGCCCUGCGGAGGAAAUCAGAGUACGAUUUCCUCUGGCGCAAUACUCUGCACGAUAUUGGAUAGAUCAUGCAAGACAUGCUGAAUCUAGAAAGGACGUUCAGGAAAGCAUCUUACAGUUCCUGCUGAAUGAAAGUGAGGCGUACGCAGCCUGGGGCUACCUCUUUGACCCAGAUAAACCACAGGCCCAAGAUCCACGACGUUUUCACAUGGCAAGUCCAUUGUACUACGCGUCAUCAGGAGGUCUCACAUAUACAGUACGGUUAUUGCUGGAGAAGGAAGCUGAUGUCAAUGCCCAAGGUGGGUUCUAUGGCAAUGCUCUCCAGGCUGCUUCCCGGAUAGGCAAUGAGAAGAUAGUGCAGUUGCUCCUGGAGAAGGGAGCUGUUGUCAAUGCCCAAGGUGGCUACUAUGGCAAUGCUCUCUAUGCUGCUUCCUGGGGAGGCCAUGGGAAGAUAGUGCAGUUGCUCCAGGAGAAGGGAGCUGAUGUCAAUGCCCAAGGUGGCUACUAUGGCAAUCCUCUCCAGGCUGCUUCCUAUCACGGCGAUGAGAAGAUAGUGCAGGUGCUCCUGGACAAGGGAGCCGAUGUCAAUGCCCAAGGUGGCUACUAUGGUAAUGCUCUCCAGGCUGCUUCCUAUCAUGGUGAUGAGAAGAUAGUGCAGUUGCUCCUGGAGAAGGGAGCUGACAUCAAUGCCCAAGGUGGUGAAUAUGGCAAUGCUCUCCAGGCUGCUUCCAAUCGAGGCCAUGAGAAGAUAGUGCAGAUGCUCCUGGAGAAGGGGGCUGAUGUCAAUGCACAAGGUGGCUACCGUGGCAAUGCUCUCCAGGCUGCUUCCUGGGGAGGCCAUGGGAAGAUAGUGCAGAUGCUACUGGAGAAGGGAGCCGAUGUCAAUGCCCAAGGUGGCUACUUUGGCAAUGCUCUCCAGGCUGCUUCCUUUCAGGGCGAUGAGAGGAUAGUGCAGAUGCUACUGGAGAAGGGAGCUGAUGUCAAUACCCAAGGUGGCUACUUUGGCAAUGCUCUCCAGGCUGCUUCCUAUCGACGGCAUGAGAAGAUAGUGCAGAUGCUCCUGGAGAAGGGAGCCAAUGUCAAUGCCCAAGGUGGUAGAGAUGGCAAUGCUCUCUAUGCUGCUUCCUCUCAAGGCUAUGAGAAGAUAGUGAAGUUCCUCCUAGAGAAGGAAGCUGAUGUCAAUGCCCAAGGUGGCUACUAUGGCAAUCCUCUCCAGGCUGCUUCCUAUCACGGCGAUGAGAAGAUAGUGCAGGUGCUCCUGGACAAGGGAGCCGAUGUCAAUGCCCAAGGUGGCUACUAUGGUAAUGCUCUCCAGGCUGCUUCCUAUCAUGGUGAUGAGAAGAUAGUGCAGUUGCUCCUGGAGAAGGGAGCUGACAUCAAUGCCCAAGGUGGUGAAUAUGGCAAUGCUCUCCAGGCUGCUUCCAAUCGAGGCCAUGAGAAGAUAGUGCAGUUGCUCCUAGAGAAGGAAGCCUUACCUCCUCGAAGCGCCACCGAUAGGAAUUGGGGCACCGCAGAGCAGCGAUACAACCAGCUUUAUCAACCAGGGCAGCCACGAGAUAUCUUCGAGGUUUUCAGUAUUCUUCAACGCUGUGGGCGUGGGGAAUUACCCCGCCCUAUUAUCUUGCAGAUUCUGGAUUUUGCCAGAUAUUGGCUGCUUUCCAGAGUUUGCAGGAAGGACCUUGUAAGUCUUGCCGAAGAGGACUGUCAAGAAAGGACACCAUAUUUAACCUCUGAGCCUAUCCGGGGUCAUGAUUCCCCCGUUCGUGAGAUCAAAUUCAUCAUUUGGAGCCACGACCAAGGAUUCAGUUCCUAUCCCGAGAAUCACGGCACCUUUGAAAACUCUUGGACAUGGUUUGAACUUGAGAUUGAAAGGCCACCAAAGAAACUAGUCCUUGACAGCCAGGAGGAUUGCUUGGCGACAAAUUUACACGCAUGCAUGGAGUUCCAGCGCCAUUCGAAAAUAUAUGGCCGUGCAGGAUCUAGACAAAACGUUGGCUGGAUAGCAAGACUCCAAGCCGGUGACAGGGUUUCAAUCAUUCCGAUGGCCCGUUUUCCUGCCUGGACAAAUUACGUGCGAGAAGCGUCCAUUGAGAUAUAUAGUACAUGCCUGUUGUCUCAGCCACGCGUCUGCGAUGACUAG